AUGCCAGCUGACCCAACAGCCAACCCAAACCGUCUCGGCCCCGCCUCGAAAUGCACCCGUGUGGAGACGCGACAAGCGACUCUAUCGUCAGAACCGCUCGACUGUCCAUUCGCCGCACCGUCCCCCGGCUCUGGAAAGAGCUUGUUUGCGCUGGCUGGCAUUCAGGCUGCGACGUGCCAUGGCCGCGUCACUGCCAAAGACGCGAUGUGUCCUGCGAUACCCGAAGUCUCUGCGGCAGUUGUCACGAUCUGGAUCCUCCUCGUUCGGCCUGGUGUGGCGCUCUUCGCUGAUUCAUCUGGGAUCCCUUCCGAAGAACCUCUUUUUUCCUUCUUUCGCGUCCUCGCCGUCGCGGCUCCUCCUCGUGGCUCUCUUGAGGGCGACGAAGCCGGCUUGUUGACGUCGCACACGGGAUCUGCCACGGGCAUGGGUGGUGCGAGCAACUCACAGACGGGAGUGUGGACGGCGGUCAGCUUCGAUCGUGAUGCGCAGACGCGGUCCCAACUGGCAGUGUCACACGACGACCAGGCAAACCAGAUUCCCACGGUGCCGACACGGACAAGUAGAUCGUCGGCCUCUUCCAUCUUUCCUUCUUCGCGGCGCCUCCUCGACUCAGCUCGAUCCAUCUCAGGCGGCAGUGCUGUGCCUCUUUCGGCAUCGACGACUCCCUUUCGUGCUGCGUCGGAGCAUCAACUUGCCGUUGCAGCCGUCGGCUUGCUGGCCGCUUCCUUUCCUUGCAACCCGAGGUCUUUCGUUAUCUUCGACUUCGUUCGCUCGUCUCCGGCCGUUAUUCUGGGUGACAGGAAAUCUGCAAUUGCUGCCUCAGCAUCGUCGCACCACAUCGACGCCUCCCGAGAGAUUGCUGACUGGACGCGAGUCUCUCAUCCACACCGGCUCGCUUCGGAUCAGCUCCGAUCAGCAAUCGGACGUGUGCACAUCGUCGGAAGCACCGUCGAAUCGCUCGCACUCGAGACCUGCUCUCGCUCUCGGUGUCGGUCCAGCUCUCUGCUGCCCUGUCUUCGACCCGCGAUGGACGUCUCGUCGGUGCCUCAGUCGUCGGCCUCCUCAGCGUCGGUCGGCGAUGCCCCGUCUCAAGCAGUGGCGACCAGGACGAGCGAGACGUAUAAGGAGCAGCCCGUCCUUGUGCACGCCACUCCUCCUCUUCUUUCCACCACAAGCCACCGCCUCGCUCCAAACCUGGACGGACCCCACUCUCCUUCCGCACGACAGGCCAUUCGUUCUUCCUCCAUCUCGACACCGACUGCAGCUCGCACCAGCAGCUCUUCUCUUUCGGUCACCACUCCGCCAGCCUCUCGACACGGCCAUCAAGCCUUCGACUGCACGAGUGCGCUCGAUGGAUCCUCUAGAUCAUCCAAGUUCGUAGAAUUCCACACCUCUCAGCCUCUUACUCCUCCGGCAACUGCCGCUUCCAAGCGACGUCGGCAUUGGAACGCGAGCAAGUCCUCUCCGCUCCGAAGCGAUCGCAGCUUCCCUCCGACACCGUUCUCGCGAUCCCGUCCGGUGGGUCGAAGCGCGCUGCACCGAGACUCGCUUUUGCCAGAGUCACCCACGCUUCAGACGCAGCGAGCAAGGAAGCUGCACCGCUCCUCAGCCUCGACAGCUUCACUUGUCCUGCAGCCGGCUUCCACCACGCUCGAACGCGCCGCCUUCACCAUGUCCUCCUUCACGGCAGCCGCGCAGCUCGGCGCUCGUCAGGAAUCGAGGGAGGUGCUGAGCCCAGCUCACGUCGAAAACACGCCAACGACGAUCCCGCCGUUCAUCAAGUCGCGUGCUUUCACCCUGGACUACUUCGAGCGGCCCACACUCCCGCCCCUGGUCGGGCCCGUUCGCACUUCCCGUUCUCCCAGCCUUUCCUGGUCGCGCUACGGCAGCGAGCACAGGAGCAACCCAUACUACAUUUCGGAUCUGGCGCGCCGACAAUCGUACAGCUACACGCGCCAGGCGCCCUUGACUCCGACCUCACUUCCUGGCGCUGGCCGGUCAUCCUCAAGUCUGCAUGGGCCUUGGACCCCGACCAGCUCCGUCCGCUCGACCUCGAACGAGCUUCCAGCCGCGGCUGUUGCUGCGUUGCACGACGGAUCGAUUGGCACAGCUAGUCGUUCGGGCGGGUCGUACUUUCAUUUGGGCAACGUGGCAUUCCGUGCGCCCACGGCCGAGACCCUCAGCGGCCACGAGCUUCCCUCUCCCAACGCUCUGGGUCUCUUCGUGGAGCCUUCGCCUCUCCCAGCUGGGCUUUUCCGACUGGACACGAACCGAGCCCGCAAUGGAUUUGGUGCUCCGCAGGUAGAGGGCACUGAGCCGGAUCAUGCGGAGCGGUAUGCAGUGCGACCUCCUCUGCCGCGAUCGAACGCCUCGGCACACUUGGGGUCGCUUGCGCGUUCGCCCCUCUCUCCCAACGAGGAGCCUCUGCCCAGGCUGUCUCUUGGCCACCGCCGAAGUCUGGAUGACCACGGCCAGCAGCUCGCUCGGUACCUUCCAAGCCUGUCGCUCCACUCUCCCACCACCAAGUUGUCGCCGGUGUCUCCUGACGGCGGCCGUAAGCUUGGCAAAGAGCGCGCAGACGAACUUCUCUACAAGAUGCCCAUCCUGCGCAACAUGUCGCCUCUUCCCGACAUGAGCAGCGAGAGCGAGGACGACGACGUCGACGUCGAUGAAGGAUCUGGAGGCGGUGCAGCACCGUCGGUCGGCCAGCUCAACGGCGACGAUCCAGCCGGCAUGGCGGAUGUGCCGAAGGAAGGAAGCACGGGCGAGAUCUUCGGAGAGACCCAUUCUUGCCUGCCCCUCGUCAUCGAGCAGGAGGGUGGCAGCGCACGCAAAGAGCUCUACUGCAAGCUCGACUGCACCACGCACCAAUGCUUCAGUGUCGUCGAUGGCAAGUGGGCCUGCUAUCGCCGCAACUAUCUCAAGGUCGACGUGGCCUUUCGCAUAGAAGACGCCGACGGCCACACGCACGCGGCAGCUCUAGGCGAUCUCAUUUGCCAGCCAGCUGGCAGAGAUGCGUUUCGAGCCGAGCGCUUUGCAGUGCACAUGAGCGCGCACGUCUUGAACAAGGACGGCAAGCUCGUCAAGGGUCGGCAGGGGCAGGUGCCUCUGAUCCAGUUUGGCCCCGCACGCGAACGAGGACCGCGCGAGGCGGUGCAGCCCGUGGCACUGUGCAGCGGCGGCUCAUUGACGCCGGAUGCCGGCGCCAACGAGCAGAUGGCGAGUCGGCUGGGCAGCAUCGCGGCGUUCCGGCGUGUGCAGAUCCGCUCGGCGACGCUCAACAAUGGCCAGCGCGGUUCGGCGGGCCAGCAGUUCUAUGCGCUCAAGCUGACGCUGCUGGCGUUUCCGCGACAUGGACCGCUCACGACGGCGGCGGGCGUCGAGGUGGCGUGCCUCACGUCGCACCCGAUCACGGUGCGGGGUAGGUCCAAGGUGCACUAUGCUCCGAAUCCGGCAGCGGCGGUGCGCAGGAGGAACCAGGCGCGUCCGAGCACGUCGAGUGCCGGUACUCGCAAGGGCACUUCGCAGAGUCCGAGGAGGCUGGGAUCGGUGACGCCGGCGACGGCGGGUGGAUCUUGGACACAGGCUGGCAUGUCUGAGGCACUCGUCGACCUGCUUGCAUACGUUGGAUACGGCGAGAACCGAAGGAGCACGCGGCUGCUGCGAGUCACGACGAGCACGAGCAGCGGCAGCACGAGCAGCAGCAGCAGCGGUCGCGCCACGCCGUGUGCAUCGUCGCGCUCGAGCCGCAUCAUGGACAUCAGCAGCAUCGUCUGA